UGAUUCAGGUUAUGUUUUUUUUUUGUCAUAUCUAAGAUUUAAAUAACAUCAAUCACGCAUUAUAUCACAUUAUUAAAUAGCAGAUCCAAUGGCUAAAAUUAAUCGUGAGAAAUCUCUCUCCAUGUGUCAAUGAUCCCUCAGUCUCACAUAUCGAGAGGCCUAAACUUCAAAUGAGACCGCUAUUUCCUCCCCAACACGACUUCCUUUCCCCAUCCGUCACAAGGCCGAACUCCAUGCACAUGCACAUGCCAUCCUCCAUGCUGGUUGUUUUUCCGGUGGUGGUACAUCAAUUCCAUUCCAUCUUCUCCACCUCCACCUCCACCUCCACCAUGUCUCUCUCUCUUCUCGUAUGUCUGCUCGGCAUCCUUUCUCUCACCCAUGCUGUCCCGCCCCCGACAGGCUUCCUCAUUGACUGCGGCGCCUCCAACCAGACCCAUGAUGGCGCCCUCCUCUGGAUCCCUGAUGACGGCUUCAUCUACACCGGCACCAAAGCCACCCUCCCCUCACCUCACCCACUCCGCCCGACCCUCUCCACCCUCCGCCAUUUUACAGCCGCCCACAAACACUGUUACACCUUCCCUGUCAUCAAAGGCAGCCGCUACCUCCUCCGCACCACCUACUUUUAUGGCUCCUUCGACAACUUAACGUCUCCGCCGGUAUUUGACCAAAUCAUCGAUGGAACGAAAUGGAGCACAGUGAACACAACCUUCGCAUACUCUAAAGGCCUCUCCUCUUAUUACGAAAUAAUAAUCUCAGCUUCAGGAAAAACCCUAAGCCUUUGUUUAGUCAGAAAUAAGCACACUGAACCAGAUAGGAGUCCAUUUAUCAACGCCAUUGAGCUCGAAUGGCUUCCGGAUUCGCUGUACAACGCGACCGAUUUCUCAAAAUAUGCAUUGAGCACCAUUGCCCACCACUGGUUUGGUGGGUCGGAACCGGUGAUCAAGUAUCCAGAAGAUAAAUUUAACCGAUUUUGGCAGCCAUUCACAACCAGCAGGUAUCAGGAAGUGAGAUCAAAAGUGGAGGCUUUGGAAACCGAUUUUUGGAAUUUGCCACCGAACAAAGUCUUCGAAAAUGGCUUAGCAGCCAAAGAAAAGGACGGGAUCAGAUUGCAGUGGCCGGCGCUGGAGUUGCCGAGGGCAAGUUAUUAUGUUGCGUUGUAUUUUCAGGAUGAGAGGAGUAACGGAAAUUGGAGGGUGUUUGAUAUAGUGGUGAACGGUAAGGUGUUCUAUAAGGGCCUGAAUGUGACGACGGCCGGCGUGAAUGUGUUUGCAGCACAGUGGCUGCUAGAGGGGGCGACACAGAUCGAGCUGCAUCCAGUGGCGGGGUCGGAGGUGGGGCCGAUCAUCAAUGCGGCCGAGAUGUUUCAGUUGCUGGUUCUCCACGGGCGGACUGUCACUAGGGACUUGAUCGCCAUGGAAGAUCUGGCAAGGAGUUUGAAUAACCCACCUCCAGAUUGGAGAGGUGAUCCCUGCAUGCCUAAGGAGAAUUCGUGGAAAGGUGUCACAUGCUCAGAUGGCGACCACAUACGCGUCCUCUCACUGAAUCUCACUGGCUUCGGUCUCUCCGGAAAAAUUCCACCCAGCAUCGCCAACUUAACUGCAAUUAAAAGCAUUUGGCUUGGUAACAACAACCUCACGGGGUCGCUUCCGGAUCUGAAACCUCUGAAAGAACUGGUUUCCUUGCAUUUGGAAAACAACAAUUUUGGUGGGAAUAUCCCUCGGUCAUGGGGGUAUCUUGACAACCUCCAAGAAAUCUUCCUCCAAAACAACAAUUUAAAGGGCUCAAUGCCUCUCAGUUUGACGCAGAAAACAGGAAUCAACCUAAAGAUUACUCCUGGGAAUCACAUUACUCGCAGGGCAUAAACCAGACCCAAGUCAUAUUCCAGAAAAUCAAUCAGACCACAAGCAGCAGGAGUUAAUCAGAAUUAUUGGAUAUUAUAAUGGGUGGCACUGACGUUGACAACACAAGGCAAUACGUACCAAGUGUAACUUUCAACUCUCUAAUUUGAUGAAAUCGAUGUCUACUUAUUAUUAUAAAAAAGGAAGAAACAUAUCCAGGACCAGCAAAGAGAAAUUUUCACAUCAUUUACCUCUUCAAAAAAGUCAUGGCUUCAUGAGGAAUUUCAAAGUAAUUCAUAUUAUACUUCAAUGCUAUUCAACGGUACACAGUUGUACAUUUGACCUUACAUUUAAGAGGAUUCCAGACAUCUAACCUUCUUGGUUGAA